AUGGGUGACGUGGCUGAUACAAGUGCUGUUAAAUGGGCAGUGGGGCGAAGUCCUCCCCCUCGCUCAUUCAACCAUCUCGUCCCUCCCCUCCUCAUACCCCCUAUCUUGCCUCCCCCCUCCUCAAGCCCCCCAUCUCGCCCCUCUCCCCCUCAUGCCUCCCAUCUCAUCCGCCCUUUGAUCUGCCCCCAUCAGCAUACCCACGAAUUCCUCUGCACGAGGACUGGGGACGGGAGUGGGCCCGCAGUGGGCAGUUUCCUGACAACAAUUGGGGUGGUGAGCGUGUCGUGUCCUGCACCUCACUCUAUCUCUGCUGGACCUGCAGCUCCUCCUGCUCGUGUUGGCACAUCUGCUGCUCGUGUUGGCUCAUCUCCUGCUCGUGUUGGCACAUCUGCUGCUCGUGUUGGCUCAUCUCCUGCUCGUGUUGGCCCAUCUGCUGCUGCACGCAGUAUGACUGAGUCCAAUGGUGCUGCGGCUGGCCGUGGUGCUGGCGCCUAUCUGACUCACCAUCCGCUCUCAGCCCUGCUGCACCACUUUUUCAGGUACAUGCUACUUCCUACCGUGUGCAACCCAGCUGGGCGUGCACCCACUGUCACUGCUCUGCACCACGAGGCAUGUUACCAGCAGAGCGACACCAUGUUUCCAGCUCCUCCUCUUCCUCCAGCAUUCGCCGACGCCGCGUACAAUCUCCUCCUCGCGUCGAUCUGCCGCCGCUGGCGUCGCCUGGCGCAGCGCCACGUGUCCACGCUCCUCGUCAAGAAGGACCGCGCCGUUUCCCGCGACGAUCUCGCCGCAGCGGUCGCGUGCUUCCCGCACCUCACGCACCUGCACCUCAGCGACGGCAGCGCACAGCCCAUCGACGACGCCUUCCUCGCCCACCUCCCGGCGUGCUGUCCGAAGCUGACGGCGUUCCACCUGGGGAGUUACAUCGUGCCGCAGGGGAGCGAGUACGACUCACCUGGAGAGUACGACCCGGCGGGGAAGGCCUUGGUCACGCCGGCCGGCUUCGACGCGUUCUUCCGCGGCUGCACGCAGCUGGAGCACCUCUCGCUGGGCUGCCUGCAUGCCAAUUUCGGGUUACCACCUUCGCUCUUCCAGCUCGCGCAUCUGCGGUCUCUCGCGGUCGCCGAUCUGUCGUCGAUAUUGACAACAGACGUCGAGAAGUUCACCUCUCUCACGGCGCUCGCGAUUAACACGGAGGUGUGGGACUUCCACGAUCUCGAGAACCUCGCGCUCCUGCCGCGCCUCGCGUCUCUCUCCAUAACGGAAGAAAUCUCUUCCUCCCAAGCCACCUCGCGCUCUCCUCCCUUCUCCUUCCCACGCCUACCGUCGCUCACGUCGCUGGAUCUAGGCUUUAGCCCCUGCCCACCGUUCGAUCGGAUGUUCCCUGCAGAGUCCCCGUGCAGCAUGAUCGAGCGGCUGUCGCUGUACCAAUGCGGCGAGCUUCACACCCUCCCGGACGACAUGGGCGAGCGCCUGCCGCGCCUGCGCGAGCUGAGCAUCACCAUGUGCAACGCUUUGCUAGAGCAGCCCGAUCAGGUCACCUCGCUCACAUCCCUGCGCUCCUUAAACCUCGCCGAGUGCGCGUUCCGCGGCCUUCCGGACCGCUUCGGCCACCUGCCUUGUCUCACGUCGCUCGUGCUGCACAAGCUGAACAUCCACUUCCCCGCCUCGUUCAGCCUCCUGCACUCCCUCGAGACUCUGGUCAUCACCGACUGCGCGACCCUAGCCGAGCUGCCUGCCGGGCUCGGCGCCCUCACAGCGCUCAAGCGCCUGUGCGUGGCGGAGUGCCCCUCCGUGGUUCUGCCAGGCGACGUGGGCCAGCUCACCAGCCUGCACACGCUCUUCCUCAAAUCCUGCACGGCGCCCCGUCUGCUGCCGCCCUCCUUCACGCAGCUGGCUUCACUCGCACGCCUGGAGCUCGGCCCUUGUAUCGGCACACCAGAUUCUAGCAUCUGA